AUGCUCGCACUGGCCGGGAUAGCGAUCCAGCCCAAGGGGACGUACGGCAGGAGCGCAGACGACGUCGGGGAGGAGGAGCUGACGCGCGCGCAGAAGACGCACUUCUGGGCCUUUACGAGCUUCUACUUCGCCGCCGUGGUGGGGGCCCUGCUCUUCUUCAUCUACGUCUUCGCCAAGGCGCCGGUGUUCGGCGGGCAGGCCGAGUGCAACAGCUCGACCGUGUACGUCAUGUUCGGGUUCGACAUCGUGGCCACCAACGACGUGUUCCGGUGGAUAUUUGCCGGCGGCAUCAUCGCCCUGCUCGUCGGCGUCCUCUUCUCACUCGCCAUCUGGUCGGGCGUGGCCUGCUGCUGGGGCAGUGACUGUCUACGCCUCGUGGGCGGGGGCGGUCACGACGACGGCGGCAGGGUCAGAAGGUGGAGAUUCCCCUUCUUCCUGGUCGGCCACGUAUUUGCCUCGUCGUACUUUAUCGCCAUGCUCGAGCUCAUGAUUGAUAGGAAUACCCUCGGUCCCGGAAAGGACGACUGGGGGUUCGGCCAGCUGCUGGCCGUGGCCCUGCUCAUAGGUCCGCUCACCGAGAUCCUGUCGUUGCUUAUCGGUACGGUGGGGGGUAAGGAGGAGGAUAUGCCGCUGAUGAGGAGGAGGUGA